UGGCUCUCUAUAUUCAGCGGCUCAGAGGCGCUCUGACACCAUUCACUCCAGAGUCCUACUAGUCCAAGGACCUGCGCGUAGACACGCUCUGAACAGCUCGACACGGACGCCUUUCUCCAUUGUGAUUUCCUGAGGGCAUCUUUUGGAUUAUUUUUCAUUCAAGACUUUCAAAACAGAGAAGAAAAAAAAAACUGUGCUUUCACAUUUUCCUCAGAGAAAGGGAGCUGUUUUUAUAUGUUUGACUUCUCAUUGCAUUGGGUCAAAGUGUGAAUCCUUAAGGUGAAGGACAAGUGCAAUGUGCGCCAGACUUGUUUAUGGGAUUUGCCUCACAUGCGCGUAAGGAAGGUGUAUUCUGUGUUGGAGCGCAGAGUUUGUUCCAGAGGACGCAGGCCGUUGUGAAUAAUAAGAAAACUUCUCAGCCUAAGAGUUUCAAGCAAGAACCAGCAACGCGUCUGGCCGAGCUGCUCUGACUCUACACCGUUUACCUCCCUGAGGGGAUGGUUGUGGAUCCUCUGGAGCCAGGAGCGACUCGGGGCUCCUACGCGGCAGCUCAUUUUUCGUGUUUGAGGGAGACUUUACAUUAAAAGGAGAUGAGAGCCACAAUUUGUUGCUUCCUGCUGUGGACGACGUACCUGCUGGCCACUGCUGAGGAAGCGGAGUUUCCCCAGGAGCUGAUCGAUCGACUCUCCAACAGUGAAAUCCACAGCAUCAGCGACCUCCAGCGGCUACUGGAGAUUGACUCCGUAGGUACGGGAAACGAUGUUAUCGAGGAGCACAAGUACCACAAGCACCAAAACCACCAUAAGAACUCCUCCCAUCAUCAUGGUUACUACAAUGGACUGAAGAGCUCCCAGCUACACAGCCGACGCAAGAGGAGCAUUGUCGAAGAGGCUGUCCCAGCAGCUUGCAAGACACGUACGGUGAUCUAUGAGAUCCCCCGGAGCCAGGUGGAUCCCACGUCUGCCAACUUCCUGAUAUGGCCACCCUGUGUGGAGGUGAAGCGCUGCACAGGCUGUUGCAACACCAGCAACAUGUGCUGUCACCCGUUUCGCAAGCACCACCGCGCCGUUAAGGUAGCCAAGGUGGAGUAUGUGAAGAGGAGACCCAAGCUGAAGGAGGUCUUUGUGCGGUUAGAGGACCACCUGGAGUGUGUGUGCACAUCACAACAUCAUGUGGUAGAACACUUAGAUGCAGAAACAGCAGAUGUGAGGUGAGACCUCCCAGAUCAAGGGACUGCUGCAUGGGAUGGACCGAAAUCAGAAGAGGACACCAUCUUCUUUGUCCGUCUCUCCACCCAUCAUGCAAACUUUGUUCAAGUAAAAUAUAUUUUCUCCUGAAGUCAUGAGACUGAAAAACAGACAACACACUAAAAUACAGAAUGCCAAGGGUGCUUUAAAAAUCCGUGUUGAUGAGAGCAACUGAACUGUGCAGUCGAUUAGGAAGAAAAGCGAAGAUUCCAUGAAGCUUGCACUCGAAGAGGAUGGAACAAAUUUGGGGUGAACAAUUCAAAAGACUACCAAAAUGACAAAUUGACUGUUGGAUCAAACAUUUUUGGGAAUCCAGUGCUUUGAGUCAAAAAAGUGCCCCCAUGUUGUAUAAGCAACUGUUGCAUUCACAGGAAGAAAACAAAAGGAAGAUAGGAAUAAUGAUGCAAAGAAAAAGCUGGGAAGUGUUUAUCUCGCAGGACUACGAGAGGCAUCCAACAUUGUGACUGAUGGACAAUUUGUUCCAAUUAAGGAGUAAACAGCCUCAGAGACAUUCAGUUUUAAAUUUGCCAUACCUGCUCUGUACAAAUAAAUGUAAAAAAAACAGAGGAUGCGCCGCUGCUUACAAACUAUUUAUGCGUGUGGACAUUUGCUUUUGUCACUUUCAAUGUUUAAGAAUGGACAAAAAAAUUUGCUUUUAAAAAUUUCUGCAGACAUGCAAAUGGUAUGUUUGGUCCAGUUCUUUGCUUUCACCAGUAUCACAUUCUCAGUGUCAUUUUUGUUUUUUAGCAGUUUUUUUUUUUAUCGUCAACCAUGUUUCGUAUUAUAUUGCAGUAUAUCUGAUUGAUGUCAAGUCUUGCAUAUGGCUCGGAUGUAUGUAUGCAAGGAGGUGAUGUGGGAGUCAGUACAGGAAAAUGUUUUAUUUUUGUUAUGAAAUAUAUUAUGCAUACUUAUAUCCAA